AUGUCAGCAGCAACAUCUGAAGAGGAGAAGAGGAAGAUUGCAGUUGAAAGUGAGUUGCACCAUCGAAAAGCCGAAAAGGCCUACACACAGCUUCAAAGUGACACUGAGUGGGCUAAAGCCAAUGCUGACUGCCAUGUCAUUUCUGUGGAUCUACAGGGGGUGAUGUACACUCCUAAUCUGACCCACUCCAAUGUCUACUACCAGCGGCAGCUGUCAAAUUUUAACCUUUGCAUCCAGGAACUUGGAAAAGAAGAUCCUGCAUACAUGUGUGUUUGGCAUGAGGCGAUUGCACACCGAGGGUCCAUUGAGGUGUUAAGCUGCAUAUUGAAGUGGGUGAAGACAAAAUUCACGCCACUCACCAAACCAGAGGUGCGUAAGUUGAUCAUCUUCAGUGACAGAUGCUGUGGGCAGAAUAACAACUGGCGGAUGCUCAAUCUGAUGUCGAUGCUCGUCUCUAUGGGUUACUUUACCCAAGUUGAGCAGAAGUUCAUGGUCUCUGGUCAUUCUUUUCUUCCUUGUGAUCGAUCUUUUGCCACCAUUGAGAAGAGGCGCAAGGUGUCAGUCCUUCAUACACCUGAUGAUGUUUCAAAGAUGAUACUUGAAGCACAACCAGCAAAACCAUUCAAGGUGAUGAGGAUGCAAUGUGAAGACUUCAGGCACCUCCCAGAUUCUGUCCUCAAGCAACCAGCUGGACUACAGAUCACCUCAGUGAGGUGGUUAAAAGUCACAGUUGAGGAUCCUUGGAAUCUGUACGCCAGACAGAGCCACAGUCUAUUUGAGGGAUGGAAAUCGUGGCUGAUCUCCAAACCAAAACAAGGAGCUACACCUCAACCUCCCUAUUUUGCAAGCCACUACCCUAGAGCAUAUGAGAGUCCUCUGCCCAUCAAAAAAAACAAGUACCAAGAUCUGAUGACCAUGCUCAACUACUUGCCAGCUGCUGCACGCUCUUUUUAUAAAUCACUGCAGAGUGAAUAAUUUGUUGUUAAACCAAGCUACAUAAUUAACCGUUUUUUUUUAUGAUCCCCUGAACCUGUAUAGUAUGUUGAAUCUGAAUACAUUUCAGAAGACAU